UUUAAUCGUAACAGUUAGUUAAUAAUGUUCGUAAAGUGUGUUGUCUUCGCUUUGGUAGCCUCCGUGGUCUACGGACGUUCUACGACGUCCCAUCAAAACUCCAUACAGGAUGAUCACAAGGCAAGGGCUAGUGACAGUACCUCGUACUACGGUGAUAUCAGAUACCUCUACAAAGUGUACCAGGAAUGCUCAGCCACUGAUUUCUCGUCUUGCCUCAAAUUGAAACUUGUUGCUGCUUUGGAUCGUGUUGCCAGAUCUGCAGACUUCACCCUCUUCGAUGCUGUUACCUUCGUUAAGGACCCUGCUGCUCCAGCUGAGCAACCAAAAUCUGAGGCCGAAAUCGAAGCCAAUCUACCUCGUUCUCUCGAUGAGAAAGACAGCGCGCUCAACAACAUGCUCACAUCUAAAGUCUCGAGCUUCUUCGACACCCACUCUGUCCAGCUCAAAUUCCCAAGCAUGAGCGAUCUCCAAAGGUCUCUCAGCGAUGAAGGAAGGAAGAAGAGCGGCAAAGGAGGUAAAGGAGGUUUGAUGAUCCUUCCUUUGAUCCUUGGAGGAACUUUGGUCCCAUUGGCGCUUGGUGCUUUGGCUCUGCUCGCUGGUAAAGCCCUCAUCGUCUCAAAAUUGGCUUUGGUACUUGCUGCUAUCAUCGGUUUGAAGAAACUUCUUGGAGGAGGUGGUAGAGACGGUCAUGAAUCUGGACAUGAAGUUGUUGUAAGUGGAGGACACGGUGGACAUUCUGGCUGGGGAAGGUCGUACGAAAAGGAGGAAGCUCAGAAUCUUGCAUACAACGCAUACGUACAGAAGACGCGAUAAAAAUAGACUGCUCAAAUAGGGUUAUAAGACUUAAUUUAUUUAAAUUAUUUAAUUUAAAUGUAACUGUAAUAAAUAAAAUUUUUAUUGUUUUUUAA